UGCAGGGAAGGCCUUCAGAUGGUGGCUGUCGCAGUCGCGUCGCGCAACAUGGGGAACUAGCGGGCCGGUGGGCGAUCAGACGCCGAUAGCCCCACCAUUCACACGUGUGAAGGUAGGCAUGUCGUGUGAGGGGGUGAGUAGACAAUAUCUACUCGAGUUACCGUAAUCGUGGACCGUCAAUACAUCUUCAAAGGAAGGCGCGACCAGACUGCCGGUACCCCGCGGCCCUCCAACCACCAUGCCACGACCCCUCCUAGUCGGCAUCUCAGGCCCCUCGUCCUCCGGCAAAACAACUCUCUCCCGGCUCCUCCGCGACGUUUUCCCUCUCUCAAAACUCUUCAUCUUGCACCUCGAUGAUUUCUACCUCACCGACGCCGAGAUCCCCGUCAAGAACGGCGUCCAAGACUGGGAUUGCAUAGAGUCGCUCAAUUUACCCGCGCUCAAACAAGCACUGCAGCACAUCAAAGAGCAUGGUAACAGUCCAGAAUGGCUAGUCAGUCAGGAAGACCAGAACAGCGUAGGCGAACAUGGCGUCCCGGACACUGUGAUCCAGAAGUUAAAAGAUGAUGUGUUGGGGUGGCUGAGAAGUAAGCCGGAGUGGGAAGGGCGACGUAUAUGCAUCGUUGAUGGCUUCUUGCUCUUUUCGGAGGAUAUGAAGGAUAUUCGUGAGAUCUUCGAUGUCAGACUCUUCUUACGGACGAGCUAUGAGACUGCCAAGCGGAGGAGAGAGGCGAGGAGUGGCUAUGUGACGCUCGAGGGCUUCUGGCAAGAUCCGCCGGGCUAUGUAGACGACAUUGUGUGGCCGAACUAUGUAAAGGAUCACAAGUUCUUGUUCAAGAACGGAGAUGUGGAUGGGGAGCUGGAUGAGAAAUUCUGCGAGAGCGUUGGCAUAUAUGGCAUGCCGAAAGAAGCGGAAGGCGAUAUGACAAGAUGUUUGCAUUGGGCUGCUGGGUUACUAGAGGACGUCGUCAAGAAGACUUAAGCAUUUUUUCGAGUCUGUAUUAUUAUGCUUGUAUCCAUAUCACUUUGGAGCUUUACGACUAAGGACUGCACACCCCAAUCCCGUACCUGGAUGUUACUACUCAAGAAC